AUGAGAUUUAUCUCAAUCGUCAUCAUUGCUUUAGUUGCAACUACUAAUGCUUGGGAUAAUAACCCACCUAUUCCAGAUAGAUAUCCUGGAUCAGGAGUUGGAGAGGGUUCCUUUAAAUAAGGGAUUGAUAUUGAGGUUUUUUAUGACUUACUUUGUGAAGGCUGCCAAAUGCAUCACCCUAAAUUCCAAUAGUUUUUGGAUAUGUAAUUUUUAGAUGGAACAUACAGAGAUGCAAUAAGUGUAAAAUAUAACUUCUUCCCCUUGCCAUAUCAUCAUGGCUCAUGGAUAGUGACUAAACUUCUACCAAUCUUAGUUGACAAGUGCUUGAACGGAACUCAGCCUUGCAAAUAUCUAGAUUACAUUGCUUACACAUUGAUUAACUAGAAUACAUUAUUGGAUAAUACAGCCAGCACAGAGAAUCAAAUAAUUUAAUCCUGGACUGCAACAGUCGCCAAAUAGUUUGGUCUUAACUAAACUGAGCUUCUACAAGUGUAUGACAGCAAAAAGGAUGUUCACAACUCUGAAAUGAGAACAAGACAAUAUUGGAAAUAUGCAGCUUCCAGAACAGUUGAGGGGACACCCAGUGCCUUUGUUAAUGGAGUUAAGGUCUAGAAUGUACCUUUCGAAGCUACUGAGUGGGCUCAGCUUGUUUCAUCAAUCUACAACAAUAGAGUUAAGAUGCCUAAAGAAUUAGUGAUUUUGGAAUGA